AUGAGGCUUGCUGCAUCACUCGGUGUUGCCUUUGGACUUGCUUCCGCUGCACUCCAUGUCCAGGCGCAAGCUAAUACGACACAAUGGCCUGUGCAUGAUACCGGGUUAACCAAGGUCGUACAGUGGGAUCAUUACUCGUUGAUCGUCAACGGCGAACGCUUGUAUGUCUGGAGCGGCGAAUUUCACUAUUGGCGAAUCCCUGUCCCAGAAGUAUGGCGUGACAUCCUGGAAAAGGUCAAGGCAGCAGGAUUCAAUUCUGUCUCUGUCUAUGGAAACUGGGGAUAUCACAGUGCCAGCCCUGGUGCCCUCGAUUUCGAGUCGGGAGCACACAAUUUUGAGUCCAUUCUCGAUAUUUGCAAAGAAAUAGGUCUUUAUGCAAUUUGGAGGGCGGGACCAUAUGUCAAUGCCGAAACUACAGCCGGAGGUUUUGCUCUCUGGGCGACGACAGGUGCUUACGGAACUCUGCGGAAUAAUGACACGAGAUAUACAGAUGCAUGGAUGCCGUACAUGAAAAAGUACACCAGCAUACUUGAAAAGCAUCAGAUUACUAAUGGAGGAAACCUACUGUUGUUCCAAAUCGAAAAUGAAAUCGCUGGACAACGUUUGAGCUCGGGAGCGCCCAACUGGCCGCUCAUUGCAUAUAUGCAGAACCUGGAGAAAACUUCACGGGAUUCUGGACUUAUUAUUCCGUUCUUUACCAAUGCACCCAACAUGAACGGCAAGUCAUGGUCUAAGGACUAUGACCCCAAUGGUGCCCAGGACAUCUAUGGCGUGGAUUCGUACCCUUCGUGCUGGAGCUGCAACCUUGAUGAGUGCGGAAACGUCAAACCAUUUACGGUUGUCAGUUACCAUGAACACUUUAACGAGGUUUCUCCUACGCAACCGUCGUUCUUACCUGAGUUCCAGGGUGGAUCCUACAAUCCUUGGGGUGGACCACAGGGAGGAUGUGCUUCUAACAUGGGUCCAGAUUUCGCAAACGUGUUCUACCGCCAUAACAUUGCUGAGCGGGUCUCGAUGAUGUCUUUGUACAUGCUAUUCGGCGGUACCAACUGGGGUGGACUUGCGACCAAUUUGCUCGGUACUUCGUAUGACUACUCAUCUCCGAUCAGCGAGAGUCGUCAAAUUGGACAAAAAUACUACGAGACUAAGCUUCUCGGAAUGUUCAUCAGGGCUGCCAAAGAUAUCACUAAGCUUGAUCGUAUUGCUGCAUCGACCAAUUACACUACCAAUAGUAUCAUCAGCGCAACCGAGCUCAGGAACCCGGAUACUCAGGCUGGAUUCUACGUUACCCGACAUGCUACGUCGUCCGACACGACCAAAGAUAGCUUCCAGCUCAAAGUUUCUACGUCGUCAGGAAGCCUGACUGUGCCUACCUCUGGAAAUAUCGCCUUGAACGGAAGGGAGAGCAAGAUCAUAGUGACUGACUUCAAGGUUGGAAAUGCUACUCUCCUCUAUUCGACCUCUGAGAUCCUCUCUCAUGCCAUUAUCGAUGGAAGGGAGCACCUCGCACUCUGGCUCCCUGAGAACGAGUCCGGAGAGUUCCUGGUCAAGGGUGGCUCGAAAUCACAAAAGGUCCUUACCGGUCCGGCAGCCAAGUUCACGAGCUCCUCCAACGGCUUGACUGUCUCUUACACCCAGACAUCCGCCGUCGGUAUCAUUUCGUUCGACUCGUUUACCGCAGUCCUCGUCCCCCGUUCCACGGCAUGGAAGUUUUGGGCCCCAACGUUGACCGCUUCUCCAUUUUCGCCUGCGGACAAACUUGUCUGGGUUACGGGUCCUUACCUCGUUCGGUCCGCUUCGCUCGCAAAGCAGUCCACUCUGCUCGAGAUCACGGGAGAUGCCGAUAGCUCUACCCAGAUUGAAGUUUGGGCGCCCAAGAGCGUCACCGCGCUGCACUGGAACGGUCAAAAGCUUGCAUUCAAAAAGACGUCGUAUGGCACUUUGGUUGGCACUACUCCUUCGUUGGACAUCACCGCCGCCAAAGUGAGCGAGAAACUCAAGGGUACAUUGACCGGAUGGAAGGUUGCAGACGGGUUACCUGAGCGAUUUGCCAACUAUUCGGACGCGGGCGCAGGAUGGGUUGCUGCUAAUCACACUUCGACCCCUAACCCGACCAAACCAAGUGGCAGUGGCCCUGUUUUGUAUGCCGACGACUAUGGAUUCCAUUUGGGCAACAUCCUCUGGCGCGGACGGUUCAACGGCAAAGCUACCGCGGCCCAACUUAACGUCCAGGGUGGAACUGCGAGCGGGUGGUCUGCGUGGCUCAACGGAGAUUACAUUGGGAGUUUCCCUGGAGACCCAGUUUCCGUACGCGGUAACCUCACACUCUCGUUCUCCAACGCAACUGUGCUCGAUGGCGAGAACGUCUUGCUCGUGCUCCAGGACCAUUCGGGGCAUGAUCAGCGCGCAGAUGCUCUCCUCCCACGUGGCAUUCUGAGCGCAUCACUCCUAGGUCCAUCGAACGGGACCUUUACCAGCUGGCGCGUGGCCGGUAACGCGGGUGGCCAAAAGAACAUCGACCCUGUGCGUGGGCCGAUUGCUGAGGGCGGACUGCAUGCCGAGCGCCUGGGAUGGCAUCUCCCUGGAUUCGACGAUUCUAAGUGGGCGUCUGGGUCCCCUUCGGACGGAGUACAGGGUGCCGGUGUGGCGUUUUAUCGUACCCAGGUAGACCUGAGCAAGAUAAUCGACAAGCGCGGCUAUGACGUCGCUCUUGAGUUUAUCAUCGACGCGCCAAAAGGGACCAACGUCCGUGCACAGCUCUACGUCAACGGGUACCAAUACGGCAAGUUUGUCAAACAAGUGGGCAACCAGAUCGCGUUCCCCGUUCCACCCGGGAUCCUGAACAUCCGAGGAAAGAACACGAUCGGUCUGUCCGUGUGGUCCCAGAGCGCGCAGGGCGCCAAGGUCAGCAUCGACUGGAACGUGCUGGGCGUGUACGAUUCGGGCUUUGAUGCCGAUAUCGACGCGGCGUAUCUUCAACCUGGUUGGACCGCCGAUCGUCUGGCCUAUGCAUAA